AGAAAACAAAUUUCAAAGGUAUACCACACAGCCCGGGCAUUUAAGCAGUCAAGUGGUUGCUCCACGGAAAUUUUCACAGGAACAUUCCUAGUUGUCAGUCCUUAUCGCAUGCAAUCCAGGAACGCAUAGUUGUGAAUCAUGGAGAACAACAUACAAGCUAUCUUGUGUAGUGCGACCACCGCGCUUAGUGUAGUGGUGACCCUGGCAACUCUCUAUGUCUCAACACGAGUAGCGUACAAUGUCCUCUUCCAUCCGCUUCGGUCAUUUCCCGGGCCCUUGUCCCAUCGAGCAAGUGCGCUUCCCUGGGCAUAUUACAUGGCUAAAGGCAAACUUGCCUGGCACGUCGCGGAGCUUCAUGAGAAAUACGGGCCCAUCGUCAGGACGAAGCCCAACGAGCUAGCCAUGCUUGACCCCGAGGCCUGGAAAGAUAUCUACACUGUACGCCCCGGGGGAGAAUAUCUCGAGAAGUAUAUUCCAGCAUACCGGCCUUCCGGCAGAUUGGCCGGGUCUAUCAUCAGCGCUGAAAAAGAAGAACACUCCGUCCUGCGCAAACUGCUGGCUCCCUCGUUUUCAGAUAAAGCCAUUCGAGACCAAGAGCCUGUAGUUGGCCGCUAUGUUAAUUUGCUCCUUCAGCGCCUAGCAGAGCGCUGUCAAGACGGCACAGCUGCCGUAAACUUGAGAGACUGGUAUAACUUUACGACCUUUGACGUUAUCGGAAUACUCGCUUUUGGAGAAGACUUUGGUUGUUUGCAAGAAGGAAAGUAUCAUCCAUGGGUUGCAGCCAUCGCUCUCGCCAUUCGAGAAGGCGGACUUGUCUCGGCCCUAGUUGUAAUUGGCUUGAAACCGCUUCUUGGCUUAAUCUCCAAAAUAGCAGGGAGAAACAGGCUUAAGCAUAACGACAUUACUCGCCAGAAACUUCAACGGCGUAUCGAUAUCGGCAACAACGAGCCAGACAUUAUCGGCAGACUAAUUGACAGAAAAGACGAUUUGAAUUUCAGCUUCGAGACUCUGCGAGCCAACGCUGGCGGAUUGGCAGUCGCCGGCUCAGAAACCACCGCCACUCUUCUGACAGGUAUUACUUACUUACUCUUGACACACCCAGACCACCUCCAGAAGGUCACGGAGGAAAUACGAUCAACGUUUCAGGACACCAAUGACAUAACUUUAACUUCUGUGAAUGGUUUGCCGUAUAUGCUGGCCUGUCUCAAUGAAGCUCUCCGCCUCUAUCCGCCAGUUCCGAAUGGUCUACCCAGAGUGACACCUCUUGGAGGGACAAACAUUGCCAACACAUUUGUACCAGGAAGAACAGUUGUAAGUGUUUGGGCAUUAGCAAUGCACCGAAGCAAGCGACAUUUCAAACUACCAAACGAGUUCCACCCCGAACGUUUUCUUGGCAGCGAGUCAUUCGCUGGCGACCGUCUUGACGCUGUUCAGCCAUUCUCAUUAGGACCGAGAAAUUGCAUUGGCCGAUCACUGGCAUACGCAGAGAUGCGACUGGUCUUAGCCAAGCUCCUUUUCACCUUUGACUUGACGCUGGCUGGUGACAGUAACAACUGGAUUGAAAGGAACAGAGUUUACCAGCUAUGGUUCAAGCCGGACUUGAACGUCUACUUAAGGCCUGUUACCAAUUCGAUGUAGCGGUCUCUACGAGUUUUUCGACAUCGGAUUGGCAACCGGGAGGUUGUCGGUAUAUACACUGAUCUAAUGACUUGCCAUGGUAAAUUUGUUGCGGGGAUUUCUACACAUAGCCACCAACUAAGUUGUCUAUAGCUGUAGUCUUUCAUUGGUACUCCGCAGAGAGAUCCCAAUGGUGACGGUGCAUACUUUCCAGUGCAUUCGGAGAUAUCGCAGCGUUGUAACGCGCACAUGAAGCAAAAAAUGCUCAGCAUUUGCAGGUCUGAGGCACGGCGUGUUAUGCCGGUCACGUGGCCUACCUUUUUCCAAUCAACAUUCUUUUCACCGACUACUACUUCCCGUAGAUAAUGCUAGCAAGGCGAGAGGGCCCUUUAAUUCAAGAUAUAUAUUUUC